UAUGACACUGACAGUCAUAAGUGCACGUAACAUGUAGACAGAAGACUGAUUUACAAAACGUUCUGGUUUUGUAUUAAGAAGUUGAUAAGUUUUAAAAUGUGAUAGAGAUUGUGAAGAUACUAGUUAAAAUGGCUUAUAGCAAAGUCCCCCGAUUAGUUAGGUACGGUUUAAGUGGCGGAGUAGCUAUUGGUAGUGCAGUAGCUGCUAUGAAAUAUCGAGACACCGAUUACAAUUCUUUGGCUGUUGUGAGGCUUAUGAGGGCAGCAUAUACUGCUGUGGAUAUUGGAAGAACUUACAAGUCUAUGUUAUAUAGCAAAGAUUGGGACAAAAACUCCAAAGAGUACAUUCAAAUCAAGAGUGAAGCGCAUCAAAUUGGUGCGGAGAAACUGCUUGAAUUAUGCCGAACAAAUAAAGGUGUGUACAUAAAAGUCGGACAACACGUAGGUGCGCUCGACUACCUGUUGCCCUCGGAAUACGUGACGACAAUGCGUGUUUUGCAUAAAGAUGCCCCUAGAAAUACAAUUGAGGAACUCUACAAGGUUAUUAAGGAAGAUUUAAACCAGGAUCCUAAUGAAUUGUUUAUUGAAUUUGAUCCUGAGCCACUUGGCACUGCAUCCCUCGCACAAGUGCAUAGAGCUAAAUUGAAAGAUGGUACUGAGGUGGCUGUUAAGGUACAGCAUCAUUUUGUUAGAAAGAAUACUAAAAUUGACUUAAAAUGGAUGGAAUUUAUAAUAACCACAAUGUCUAAAGUAUUUCCUGAUUUCCAAAUGCAAUGGCUUGUUGAUGAAACAAAAAAGAAUAUAGCAAAGGAGUUGGAUUUUAUGCAGGAAGGUAAAAAUGCAGAGAGAGUGUCAGCUAUGUUUAGUGAUUACAAAUGGUUGAAGGUACCAAAGAUAUUUUGGGACUACAGUACAGAGAGGGUUUUGGUCAUGGAGUAUGUUAAUGGUGGACAAGUAAAUGAUGUGAAAUAUAUUGAUGAACAUAAAAUAGACAAGUAUAAUCUGUGUUUAAAACUCGGCGACCUGUACUCGCAUAUGAUAUUCGUGAGCGGAUUUGUGCACAGUGAUCCACAUCCAGGGAACAUACUUGUGAAGAAAGAUCCCGGAGAUAAAGAUGUGACUGUAUUCCUUCUGGACCACGGUUUGUAUGCUCAAUUGUCUGAGAAAUUCAGAUACCAUUAUUCAAAGUUAUGGCUCUCUAUAAUAGCAAGAGACAAAGAUGAGAUGAAAUUACAUGCGGAACAACUUGGCAUACCCAAAGAUCUGUAUGGUUUGUUUGCCUGUAUGGUUACGGGAAGGCCAUGGGAUGUGAUAUUAAAGGGUAUUGAUAGAACAAAGCCAUCUUCUCGAGAGAAAUCAACAUUUCAGAAUGAGUUACCAAAUUUCUUGCAUCACGUGACUCAGUGCUUGGAGCACGUGAACCGCGAGGCGCUGCUGGUGCUGAAGACCAACGACCUGAUCCGCAGCAUCGAGUACGCGCUCGGCAUGCAGCAGCGCAUGUGCGGCUUCCUCGUCAUGACCAAGUGCUGCAUGCAGAGUGUGUACCAGCUGCAGUACAAGAAAGAAAAUUCCAUAUGGAGACGUCAAUGCCUCAACACGAAGUAUAUUUGGUCUCUCCUUCUACUUUAUGUGUACAAUGUUUUUCUAAAACUUAGAGAAAAAUUUGUCAUGUACAGUUAGUAAAGUUAGGAUACUAAAUCAACGUACCUAUAAGAUUUAAAUGGUCUGACAUUACCAAAAAUAUUUAUUGUGUAGUCCGUUGUCAUGUUUUGUCUUAUUUUAUUUCAAUUUUAUAUGAUGCCAUGCAAUGAAUGUUAUAAUGAAAUUGUUCCCUAGGCGAAAUACAUUGUGUUAGUCAAAUUUAUACCUUAAGGUGAUUGUAAAUAAUUUAGUGUCUCAUAUCUAUAUUCCAUGAUUUAUGUUAUAAUUUAUUAAUCGAAUUAGAAACAUUGAUAUUUAACCAUGUAAAGGGAUUAUAUUAUAUUUUGAUAGUGUCAAAAUUAUUUUAGUAUACAUUUUGGAAAUUGUGUUUUAAAGAAUUUAUGGUUAGGUAAAACGGUGACGUUUUUUAAAAUGAAAGGUUAGUGUGUUAUAGUUUUUAAAAUUAAACAAGGCUAAUAUUUAUCACAAACUGUCAUA